AUGCCUCCUAUUGACGUCGUAGGUCUGCCCGCAGGUAUUUUCAAGGUUGUCAAGAUGAACCAAGUGGAUGGCCUUAAAUGCCCACCACAUACAAUCACCACCCUUUACGAGAAUUUGAAAACACAGGAACUACUCAAGUCUUUGGAUUUUGUCGUCUAUGUCGUCAAAGAUUUAGACGGUCGAACGCGAUGGGUUUUUGUAACGCGCAAGGACGACUUGACGAAACUGAACUGGCUAGCCAAGUGCCAUGCUCAAGACAUGGAAGGCCGCAUCCAGCAGCAUGCUGACGUACAAGGUGUUUCCGCUGGAGGGGAGGGACGGCCAAUACCCUUUGUCAUUGUGGAAGCCAAGGAAGGUGUCAUGGGUAGCAAGAGCGAGAAACACCUGCUCGACGAAUUGUACACGGGAGUGAUUGCAAGAACAAAAGAGACCGAUAUUGAUGAGAUUAGGAUACCGAAGGAGACAAUUAUUAUUGUGAAGAAGGAGAAACCGUCCAAGCGUGAUUUCAAAACGCGGUACUCAGGAGGGAGGUCGAGAAGGACUACUUGGAGGAAAUCGAGCAGGCGUACUGGUGCAAUGGCACAUGACCUACCUUCUACGACCCUAAAUGUUUGCUUUCUCUCACUAACAUCAGACAUCGUUAACGCCACAGCCCAUCAAUAUCUCGCUUCUAUCGCUGCACUACCGUCUAUCACUAGGAUUUAUGCUUCGCAUUCCUCUCAUCAUUACCGUAACGAGACUACAACCGCAUGUGAAGCAGCUGUUUACAUCAUUGCUGGUAUCGCAUCCUCAGCAACCCUCAAGGGCUUCCAUAGCAGCAUUCCUCAGUUCCAACAAUCGCUCUUUGCAUCCCUCAAGGUCCAACCCAUGGCAAAAGAGCAAGAACCCGACGGCCCAAGUUGGUGGUUAUGGGGAUCGCUUCUCGUUGGUAUCGUGCUCAUGUUGGUCCUAUCACGGACCCCUUGGUUCUCUUCCCGACGUCCAGCGAUCGAGGCAGAAUUGCACAAAGCCUGGACAUGCAUCCAUAAUCAAUUUAGUUCCAGGUCUCGCAAGGCUGAAGAGCCCCAUUCUGCACGCGUCCUUACCGAUGAUACCGGAGCAGCGGCAAUAGCUCAAGCUCGCGCCACUUUCGCCAUGAACGAUAUACAACGCGUGAAUGAUAUAGCGCCAAUCGGAAGCCUCAUGGGCGUAUCUCAGCCAGGCCAGCUCGUCAGAGGUCUUCAUGGGGAUCUGUAUAAUUCUAGGUUGUCGGCAGCGAUGAAACAUCUGUCGAAAGAAAGUGUCGACAGAUUCCAUCAGAACCUUGAUAAACGCCGCGUUUCUGCCGCUAGCGCAAAGAAAGAACACCUGGAACCAAGGCUUGCGGAGCUCUCCAAGCCCGAAACGGAGAAUAUGAACGAUCUUGACGCGUCCCAGAAUACAGCUUCGACCAGGAUCGGGUCACCUUAUUCCUCCAUGGUUGCGGACACGUAUAGACAAUCUGCGACAUCCAUUUCAGCAUCUACGACUCUAGAGGCCACAACUCCCUUAUCAACUUUGAGCACAGAGGAAUUACUUGGCUCUAUCAACGCAACCGAGACCGAGCUUGAAGCGUCUUCGGAUAUAGAACUAUCUAACCAUGGCUUACCGGAUCCGGCACCAAGUCCAGUUCCGGGUAUCGGAGAACAUACAGCACGCUCUACCGUUGCCUUACCCAGCAACGAUGUCGCACAAACUUCUGGACGUCCGAUACUAAAUUGGGAUUAUGCAGUGCAUCCGACGAGUGUCGUGACCCAUGGACCAUAUGCCACAGAGUAUCCGACAAUGAUUGCGCAGUUACAGGAUGGGGCUACCGGGAGGUAG